AUUUUAUAUUUCACAAAUCACAAUCCCUAAUUCCCUAAUCCCUAUCUUGCGGUUGCUUCUCCUUCGCCUAAAUGCCUAAUUGGCUAUUUCCCUAGCGAUCUCCAGUCCUCCAUUAGCGACGCCAGUCUGCAACCUCCACCAGCGACGCCCGUCUGCGACCUCCACCAGCGACGCCGACCAGUGACUCUCAUCAACAGGCGAGUAGGCGACGGCGAGAAUCGAGUCUUCGACCAGCGACCUCGACGUACCAGCACCGAGUCUCUACUACAGCCAGCAGCCGCUUGAGUGAGUUCCUGCGUGUCUCUACUACAGCGAGUCUCUACUUCGACCUGCGACCUCAACCAGCUCCGCGUGAGUUCCUGACUCCGUGAGAACCGAGACUUCCGAGAGGCGAGACUGCUACCGCUACCGCUUUGAUUUGAAGUGUGGAGCUGCAGUGGAAGAAGACAUGAGCUCUGGGAGACUGAGGAACUUGGUGGCCUCUGUAGCCAUCGAAGGGGUGGCCAAUGCAAGGGCAAGGAUAUUUGGGCAUGUGCUUAACCCCACGGGUGAGAGAUCUGCUCACAAAAUUCUACGGAAGAAGUUGAUUGGAGACAAGGUUGCGCAAUGGUACCCACAUGACAUCAGAAAGGAUGAUCCUCUUGUCAUGGCACGAGAAGAACAAGAGCGGUUGAGCAAGCUAGAAAUGUUGAAGCGUCGUGGAAAGGGACCACCUAAGAAGGGCCAAGGAAAGCAGGCCAAAAAGCGGAACAAAUAGGCUUUAUUGUCUCCCCAAAUUGGUUAGCAGCUUGGGAAUCAUCUGAAUUACUUUCAGGGAAAACAAGAUCACUAGUAACAAUCAAUAGUUGCUUCAAGCAUUAGUGCUUUUUAUUCAAAAGCAGCUAGCUUUUCUCUCUGAUAUGUUCUGCUAUUUCUUUGUGAACCUUUUAAAUUGCAGACCAAGAUUCAGCCAUUUUUAGAUCUAAAUGUGUUUAUUACUUUAUUGAUAAUGGAAGCAAUAUAAAAGCUAGUGUCAGUGCCCCCAUUUUGCAA